AUGGCCAACCACUCUUAUAGCCAUCUGAUCAUCGUGUGCUGCCACGCAAUCUACCUGGGCCCCGACAGCGCCGAUGAGGCCAACUGGCUGAUCGAGCCCUUCCAGACCGGCGAGACGGCGACGUACGUGGCGCACAUUGAAGCCGGGGUGCGUGAGCUGGCGGCCGAUCCUCGUGCGGUGUUGGUGUUCAGCGGCGCAGCGACCAAACCGGGGCGGACGCGCAAAUCUGAGGGCGAGAGUUAUCUGGAUGUCGCAGUGGAGUGUGGUCUUUUCGGCCUGGAGACCUCGCCGCCAAUGCUCCAGCCUCGUCUGUUCGUCGACCGCUUCGCGACAGACUCGUACCAGAAUAUCCUGUGCUCGAUCAUCCAGUUUCCCCUUUUUGUGCGCCAGCUUCUCGAAAAGAGAGUGCAACCUUCCAGUCUCGUGUCCAGUCCGUCGUCCACCUCAGGGUCAACUCUAAUCUCAUCAAAUUUGAAUACGACGACCACGACGACCGCCGCGAACACAGUCACACCCCUGUUUCCCACCAAAUUAACCAUCGUGUCACAUGAAUUCAAGCGGUCUCGGUUCCUCGACCUGCAUCUCCCAGCCAUGCAUUGGGCGGGAGAAACGAGGUUCAUCGGCAUCAAUCCGCCGUUCGACCGCGUCAAAAUGGCCGAGAUCGAAACGGGCGAUCGGCUCAGGGGCUACGGUGCCUGGGAAAAGGACCUUUAUGGAGCUGGAGAGUUAUUGGCAGCGAAGAGGAAGGUGAGGGGUUGGGAUGAAGAACAGUUCCGGCGUGAAGUGCUUGACCACUUGCCUUCUGUGGAGUGCAAGAUGCAAAUCGAAAAUCUGCUGUCCUGGAACGGAGGCGCGUGUGGCACGAUUCGAUAUCCGGACCAGAUGCUGUGGUGCCCGAACCCUGGCUCUUAA